CGUUUAAUCGACAAAACCAAAGUGACCUUCGUCAAGUGGCUCCCGGAGACGGAACAUCUCUUCUUGGCCUCUCACUCCAGCGGUCGCCUUUACCUGUACGACACCUCUGUCCCCUGCGGUGUCACCACCCCCCAGUACAACCUCUUAACACGUGGAGAUGGUUUCAGUGUCUUCUCCUCUAAGAAAACCAAACCCCCCAGGAACCCCCUCCUCAAAUGGGUGGUGGGACAAGGAGCUCUCAAUGAAUUUGCCUUCUCCCCCGACGGUUCCUUCUUGGCCUGUGUCAGCCAGGAUGGGUGUCUCCGUGUCUUUCACUUCCACUCCAUGGUUCUCCAAGGGAUGAUGAGGAGUUAUUUUGGGGGGUUACUCUGUGUUUGUUGGAGCCCAGAUGGUCGUUACGUGGUGACAGGUGGAGAAGAUGAUUUAGUGACUGUCUGGUCCUUCCUAGAAGGGAGGGUGGUGGCACGCGGUCACGGUCAUAAAUCUUGGGUGAACGCUGUGGCUUUUGAUCCUUUUACAUCUUUUAAUCCAGCUUCAGAGUUAAAUCAUGAUGAUCAUCACCAUGAUGAUGAUGAUGAUGAAGAAGAAGCCACCAAGGUGGAUCCCAUCACUUCUCAACCCCCUGGUGUCACUUAUCGCUUCGGUUCGGCCGGUCAAGACACUCACUUUUGUUUGUGGGAUUUAACUGAGGAUGUUCUUUACCCUCAACCCUCCAUUUCUCACCCUCAACCACUUCUUGAACCUCCCAACCUUCCCUUUUCCCCUUUACCCCGGUCCCUUUCCCGUUCCAACAGCCUCCCCCAACCCACUGGGACUAUUUUAACCCCUGAUAUCCCUCCACCUCUCCCUCAUUUCCCUCCUUUAACUCUUCCAAAACCACCAGAAACCACCCAAAAACACCACAAACGUUAUCACAGUUUAACUCACAUCACAAGAAACGGGGAGAAAAUCCUUCCUGCUCUUACUGCUGACACUGGUGAUGCUUCAGGAGGAGGUUUGGAUGCCACCAAGGUCUUGGGGACCUCGUUGUGUCCCCGGAUUCACGAGGUGCCGCUGCUGGAGCCGCUGGUCUGUAAGAAGAUCGCUCACGAGAGGCUGACGGUGCUGCUCUUCCUGGAGGAUUGUAUCGUCACUGCCUGCCAGGAGGGGCUCAUCUGCACCUGGGCACGGCCUGGGAGAGCU